AUGUUUCUCUCCGACCCUUCAGGUCGUUUAUCGUCUUGGAGAGGGAAAAAUUGCUGCAACUGGAAGGGAGUUCAUUGCUCUAAUGACACUUCGCAUGUAAUAAAGGUCGAUCUGCGAAACCCAAAACCGGAAAAGUUUAUGCGUAAUCUUUAUUCAGAUGUCAUUUCAAUUUCAUCCGAGACACCCGCUGCACUUAAUGGUACAAUUUCUCCUGCCCUCUUGAAUCUUUUUCAUCUCAAAUAUCUUGACUUAAGCUACAACAAUUUCGACUACUCCAAAAUCCACAAUCACUUUACUAAAUUCAAAAGUCUUGUUUACCUUAAUCUGUCGAAUUCCAUGUUUUCAAGUCCCAUUAAGAAUCAGUUUGCGAAUCUAUCUACUUUGCAGUACCUCGAUAUCUCAUGCUCGUCUAUGAUGGAAGAUUUCUCAUCACUCUCUUUUAGCAUCUCAACGUUAAAACUAUCAUAUAAGUUUUUUACUUCUUAUUUGCCGACUAGUUAUGUUUCUUCAGAUGAUAUAAGUUGGUUAAGGGGGUUAACCAAUCUCAAGGUUCUAAACUUAACCGGUGUUGAUUUAUCGGUGGCUUCUUCAGAGCUCGGCACGAAAUGGGCGGAGCCUAUAUCAGUGCUCGGUAACCUUAGGGAGCUAUCACUUUCUGAUUGUAGCAUUUCUGGACCAUUUCCACUUAACGAAAUUCACAAUCUCUCACGUCUAUCGCAUUUCCGAAUGGAUUAUAAUCCUUUGAGCUCGCCAAUGCCAAUUCAGCUUGCUAAUUUCACAUCUCUGUCAGUCCUUGACUUGAACAAUUGUCAGUUGCAAGGUUCAAUGCCUUAUCUUCCACAACUCCAAUACUUGGAUGUGAGUGUUAACAAAGAUCUCAUUGUUAAUCUCGUUCACAUAUUCGAUCAACCAUGGCCUAAACUUCAAUUCCUUUCAAUUACUUUGACUAAUGUUGUUGGGACGAUCCCAAGUUCUGUUUCAAAUGCAUCAUCACUGGUCCAUCUUCUUGCAUCACAUUGUUCAAUUCGAGGAUCCUUCCCGGAUUCUAUUUCAAACCUUUCGCACUUAAAAUAUCUAGACCUCAGUAACAACUAUUUGAAUGGUCUCAUUCCUAAUUCAAUCUCCAAUCUAAGAAAUUUGCAAGUGUUAAAUUUGAAUGAAAACGAUUUACAUGGUCCCAUCCCAAAAUCAAUAUGUGAGGUUUCCUCACUCGCAACUCUUCUUGUAACAAGCAACAAUUUGAAUGGAUCAAUGCCAAGUUGCAUUUUCAAGCUUCGAAAACUGCAGGUGUUUGAUAUCACAGGCAACGAUUUAAAAGGAAAUCUCUCAUUUAGAUCAAUAUUCCUAGAGUUGAAACCUGUAUGGCUUUCUUUUGACAGGAACUUUCUAGAUGUAAAGAUAGAUAUCAAUUACUCGUUGACAUCUAAAUUUGAACAGCUGCAAUCCUUAGGCCUGCAGCGUUGCAAUUUGAAAGGGUCUAUCCCAACUUUCAUUUGCAAUAUGACUGAACUUUAUCGGUUGGAUUUGUCACGUAACAACCUCAGAGGCUCUAUCCCUUCUUGUAUCUUCAAACUCCCACAUCUGUCUUACUUAGAUCUCUCAAACAACAGCCUAGAAGGAACACUACCGCCUUCGAUAUAUCUUACUCAAGAAUACCCAUUUUCAGCACUACUAUUAUGGAGGAACAAACUCCGGGGAUCACUUCCUCUUCCACCUAAAAAUAUCGGGGUUUUUGAUUUGUCGGAUAAUGAAUUCACUGGUGGAAUCUCGGAUGAAGUAAGUGCAAGACUAGCAAAUGCUGAUCAUGUAUCACUAUCCGGUAACAAUCUUAGUGGUUCAAUUUCUUCUGCUAUUUGUUCACGAGGAAGUAGUCUAAGUGUUCUAGAUAUCUCUAAGAACAAAUUAUCUGGAAGAAUACCUACUACUCUGAAGUAUUGUGUUUCUCUUAUUUCUCUAAAUCUUGGAGCUAACAAUCUUACUGGAAACAUUCCAAAUGAGCUUGAAAGUGCAAAAAGUCUAAAGUUUCUUCAACUUUACGAGAAUAAUUUAAAUGGUAUGUUUCCUACCUUUAUCCAACAAUUUCAGUAUUUGGAAGUUAUCAGCUUGUGGGGUAACAGUCUUGAAGGUGGUAUACCCCAUUUCCUUGGUACAUUAAGUAAUCUAAGGAUUAUUUCCUUAAGCUCAAAUAUGUUUAAUGGAUCGAUCCCGGAAGAAAUUACAGAUUUGCAUAAACUACAAUUUCUAGACCUGUCAAAUAAUAAAUUGUCUGGUUCAGUUCCUGAGAAGAUAGGAAACUUGGAGAUGCUAACAAGUAAAUCAAAUACCAGUCUCGUGGUUGGUGACGUAAUCUCACUGGUAUAUUCAGGUGUGGAACUACAAAUACAGUGGAAAAAGGCGACAGAACAACUAGGGGUCGUGUACACUUACAAUACUGGAAUUGAUCUUUCCAGAAACUUCCUCGAGGGAACCAUUCCAAAAGAUAUCUGUCUACUGAAAGGACUUAAGAUGCUUAAUCUAUCACAUAACCAGCUUCAUGGUGUGAUUCCAACGAAUAUCGGGAAUAUGACAGGUUUAGAGUCAUUGGAUUUGAGUUUUAACAAAUUGUCUGGACAUAUUCCAUUAUCUCUUACCUCGAUCGACCCUCUCAGCACUCUGGACCUGUCUUACAAUAACUUGAGUGGAAUGAUCCCGAGAGGUGCGCACUUUGAUCUAGUGAGUUUAGAUGGUUCAGCUUAUGUUGGCAACUCUUUGUUAUGCGGUCACCCGACAAACAAGAUUUGUGAACAGUUUAAUCCUAGUAUCAGCCUGCCAAACAGUGAAGCGAAAGAAAAUGGCAAACUGGUGUUUUAUGCUGCUUUUGUUGUAGGUAUUGGAACUGGAAUUUGGGGCUUACUUUUAGUUUUGGUUUUGGUUUUCUUCCUAAGCAAAAAAAAGUGGUGGCUGGGGUAUUGGAGAUAUGUUGAUACCGUUGCAUUGAGAAUAACUGGAUACAUUUUGAAGAACUGA